UGCCCUCCUUUUUUGGUGGGUAACAGGGUCUAGGGAGAGCGCGAGCUUUUCUUUGAAAGCUUUCCGUUCCCCCUUCGAUCUCUGUGGACCAACUUUUAGACUCGAAUUAGGGGUUCCCGCCGGCACCUUUUCCCGGUUUUCCCCUGAGUAGGCCCGCAACCCGCUCCCCACAAGCCAGUGAACACAUUUCAGACACGUGAGGGGGCGCCGAUCACAUGGGGUGGGGGCGACCAAUGGGGAGGCGAGGCGGGGCUUGGCGGUUCCCGUUGUUCGAGUCUGCUGCGUAGAGUCACAGGGCGGACGGCGAGGCGGCCGGCUGCGGAGCGAAGACGAGACCGAGGAAAUCCAGGUGUCCAGCCCAACCGCCACCGGCUCAGCGCGAGACGCCCUUCCUUUCUGGCUCCGAGCUUGGCGAAGACCCCACCCCCGGCAACUGGGCGCGCGCGCGGCUGAGGCAAAAGACAGGGGGAUGCGUUUCUCGCCGGCGGCCGCCGACUCCACCGCCGCCCUCGCUGCUGCUUCCACUGCCGCGGCCGCUGCUUCCGCUGGGUCCUAAGGCCGCAGACCCCGGGGAGUAGCCCUUCUCGAACCCCAACACCCCUCGCCUCUGAGGGUGUCUCCCCUCAGUGGCGGGCUUCGGCUCGGUAUGAGCCGCGACGCCAACUUCGUUUAUCCUUGAACGGCCGACGACGCUUUUCCACUCCACCCCGCCGCCCUUUGCCUCCGGUUCUGUCCCACCUAGUCCACCGCCGACACUGAGGGGGAGCGAGCGGGGCCGCCUCUCGAAGAUGGGGGUGAACGCGGUGCACUGGUUCCGCAAGGGGCUCCGGCUCCACGACAACCCGGCGCUCAGGGAGUGCAUCCAGGGCGCCGACACGGUGCGGUGCGUUUAUAUCUUGGACCCUUGGUUCGCGGGAUCCUCCAACGUGGGAAUCAACCGGUGGAGGUUUCUGCUUCAGUGUUUGGAAGACUUGGAUGCCAACUUACGAAAGUUAAAUUCUCGUUUGUUUGUGAUUCGAGGACAGCCUGCAGAUGUGUUUCCUAGACUCUUUAAGGAAUGGAACAUUACAAAGCUCUCUGUUGAAUAUGAUUCUGAGCCAUUUGGGAAGGAGAGAGAUGCAGCAAUUAAGAAGUUGGCUAGUGAAGCAGGAGUGGAGGUCAUUGUUCGAAUUUCACAUACUCUAUAUGACCUAGACAAGAUUAUAGAGUUAAAUGGAGGACAGCCACCUCUUACCUAUAAAAGAUUCCAGACUCUAAUAAGUAGAAUGGAACCAUUGGAGAUGCCUGUGGAAACUAUUACUGCAGAAGUAAUGUCAAAGUGUACCACCCCAGUUUCUGACGACCAUGAUGAGAAAUAUGGUGUCCCAUCACUGGAAGAACUAGGUUUUGAUACAGAUGGAUUGAUUUCUGCUGUGUGGCCAGGUGGAGAAACAGAAGCUCUUACAAGAUUGGAAAGACAUUUGGAAAGAAAGGCUUGGGUAGCAAAUUUUGAAAGACCACGAAUGAAUGCAAAUUCUCUUCUUGCAAGUCCCACAGGACUUAGUCCCUAUCUACGAUUUGGUUGCUUGUCUUGCCGACUCUUUUAUUUCAAGUUAACAGACUUGUACAAAAAGGUAAAGAAGAACAGCUCUCCUCCCCUUUCCCUCUAUGGUCAGUUGUUGUGGCGUGAAUUCUUCUACACAGCAGCUACUAACAAUCCCCGCUUUGAUAAAAUGGAAGGCAAUCCCAUAUGUGUGCAGAUUCCAUGGGAUAAGAAUCCUGAGGCAUUGGCAAAAUGGGCAGAGGGCAGGACAGGGUUUCCUUGGAUUGAUGCAAUUAUGACCCAGCUACGCCAGGAAGGCUGGAUCCACCAUUUGGCCAGACAUGCUGUGGCAUGCUUCUUGACUCGAGGUGAUCUGUGGAUUAGUUGGGAAGAAGGAAUGAAGGUAUUUGAAGAAUUGCUUCUGGAUGCUGACUGGAGUGUGAAUGCCGGCAGUUGGAUGUGGCUGUCCUGUAGCUCCUUCUUCCAGCAGUUUUUCCAUUGCUACUGUCCUGUGGGUUUUGGCAGAAGAACUGAUCCCAAUGGGGACUAUAUCAGACGCUAUCUGCCUGUACUCAGAGGUUUCCCUGCAAAAUACAUAUAUGAUCCUUGGAAUGCCCCUGAGGGUGUCCAGAAAGCUGCAAAAUGUAUGAUAGGACUGAAUUACCCUAAACCAAUGGUAAAUCAUGCUGAGGCAAGUCGCUUGAAUAUUGAGAGGAUGAAACAAAUCUACCAGCAACUGUCAAGAUACAGAGGAUUGGGCCUCCUUGCAUCAGUGCCUUCAAAUGGGAAUGGUGGCCUAAUGGGAUAUUCACCAGGGGAGAACCUCCCUGGUUGUACCAGUGCAAAUGGUUACGUUCAAGGGAAUGGUAUUCUACAUUACGCUUAUGGAGACAAUCAGAAAACACACUUAAUCCAGCAAGUGGAGUGUGCACAGGGAAACGCCCAAAUCCAGAAGAGAACACUCAGAGCAUUGGUCCAAAAGUCCAGCGACAGAGCAGUAAUUAAUUGGGUAAAAAUAAGAAUUCUGAAGAAAAUGAUUGAUAGGAUACUGCAUGCUCUAUUCAAGUGUUGCAAGGAGAAACUCAGCAUCUUGCUGACUAGUUGAGAACCUAACUUCAGUGGAGGAGUGGACCAAACAUCAUUGAAACCCAACAUCCUAUCUGGCAGCAGCCAAGAAUUCCCUGCCAUUCAUUUCAUGCUUCUAGCAAUUUUAUUUAGGGAUAGCCUGAGCAUGACUUGUAUACCAGCUCAGCUACACUUGGCUUCUAUUUUCCAUUAAACUGUGUAUUAAUUUGGGCCUUUCUUUGAACUUGCUAAGUGAAAAAAGCAUCCACUUGAAACCCAUCAACCAUUUGUGUAGUGUGUGUGGGGAAAGUAUUUAUUUUGUUCAAUCUGAACUGAUUUGUUAAUUUUUGUUUGCUUCAUAGUCCUUGUAUCGAGAGGAUAAAUGUUUUUUUGUCAUUUUCUCUACUGCUGUCACCUUCUACAGCUGUCUUUCCUGCAGCUGUCUUUUUCUUUCUUUCUUUCUAAGCUGCAACAGGCCUCAGAUUCUGUCAUUGCAGCUCAGUUUUUAUUCCUUUCCUUGAUACUCACAUUCUGCUCUCCCUUAAGAGGGAAUAUCCAUAUCCACACACAGUAGUCUAUAGCUACACUGCACAUGGAUUUACCUAGGUAGGUUACAAUAUUUUCUCUAUUUUUUGUAAGUUUUUCUGUUGCUGCAAAUGUGCAUCAGACAAUAAGUUUAUUACAUGUGCAUUUAGAAUCUGUAGCCAAGCCUGCUCCGAAGAAAUCCUGUUCUGAAGCAGUUGUUCUGUUCCAGCCUUCUUAUGUUCAGAAUAGCAGGGACCAUCUGUUUGCUCUCGCAUCUCAGGUUUAGAUUUUGAGCAACUCAGAGAAAAGGAUUCUGCACAAAUAACGUGUUGGGGAGCACCAUCUUUCUUAGUGUCGCUUCCAUACAGGAACCCUAAAUAAUCAUACUACUACUGAUUCUUACCAGCUAGCACAGGAAGGUGGAACAGUUUAUUUUGAAUUUUUCUCUCUGCCUGAACCAUUGUAAACACAAAGAAAUGUUUCAGCAGUAAUUUAAAAGUUUAAGUUCAUUUCUUUAGUUCUUCUUAAAAUUGCAUGGUAUUAAGAUCAGUAGUACACUAUGAAGCCAGUAUUAGUUAUGGGUUUACAUAAGGUCAAACUUCGCUUCAAUUUUGGUGUCUGCAUCAAAUUAAAUCAGCUUCCUUGUCCCCCUGCCUUUUCCUAUUGUGCAGCUUCCUGGUCAGUUUUAUAGAAUAAGGAAGAUACAUCCAUUUGGUCAGCACUACAUUUCUAUCCUGUUGUGUGUUCAUUGUGUCUGUGCUGGCUUCUUCUUUUCACCCUUUGAGCAGAUCAAUGGGCUUCCUAGACCCUAGCUGUAGGUCAAGAGUUCUAGGUCAGUUAUGACUAAUCUUGUCAAUUCAUUCUCCAGUGCUGUAAAACACGAGAGUCUCUAUAGAAGCUUUACUUUUGGAAGUUUUCUUUGCUUAUGCAAGAAGUCUGAUAUAACAUUGGGUGGAGCCUGUAUAAAUUAGUAGAUGCAUCAAGUACUGUGGGUUGGCAUAAAAUAUCAUUCUUGGAGAAAAAGGGCGUGGGGGGGGGGGACAUAGAAUCUGAUUCUCUUUUGUCUUUGGCUCCCCACUGGAUUUAUAAAUAGGUCUUCAAAUUUUCUUGUGUCCAUCUUUCACAAAAAAUCUUAUUCUGUGAAUGCAUUUUGUCCCCUUUCCACAUAUUCAUUCCAAUGACCACUAGGACUCCUUUGGCAUACAUCCCUUUGUUCACCUGUUAUCUGAAAUCUCUGAUUCUUUGGUCUUUGCCAAUCUCUCCUUGCUUUCUUGCCAUUCUUGCUUGUUUGGACUUUUUUCAUUGCUAGUUAAAAAACAACAAACCCUAUUAUAUUGCAAUCUUAGGGCACUUUAUGUGCCAUGCAACUUGUACCAUACAUCAGCCAAGCAUCGUUUUAGUUUGUAGGCAUAUAUGACUUCAGUUGAAAUGAGGGUCAUUAAAGAUUAAAAUAUUUUAUUUAACAAAUAUUAGUGUUUUAUAAAACACAGUGGUGUGGUAAUAGAUAUCAAUAUUAACACGUAUUUAAAAAAACAAAGAUUUUCUAAGAAUUAAUUCCUAAUGGAUUGAUUCAUUUUUGUCUUACAGCAUUGCUGAAAGAGAAGGAUCCACACCCUAAAAUUUCAGGGCAGAAUUAUUUUACUUCAUAUUGGAAUUAAUAGUUUUUGUGAGAGUAUGUGUAUUAAAAUGUGCAUUUUCAUACAUUUAUUUUCACACAGUCUGAAUUGUUGUAAACAAGUAUUUUUUUUUUGAAUGCAUUGUUUCUAAUGGCAUUUCUAUGGUUUUUAAACUUUUAAUGACUUUCACAAAGGGCAAAUAGAGAUUUGUAAAUAAAGCAUCUGGUGAUGAGUUUGGUAACAAUGUAAAUAUAAGCAUUAAUGAUUAGUGAUAGACUCAUCAAUAUAUUUUUGAUAUGUCAUGUAUGGCUUUCAGUAAAGGCUUUAAUGGAUGGAUGUAAAAUGGAAAGUGUCCACGCGAUAAUGAAGACAAUCCUUUUUAGAUUUAAUAUUUUUAGACUUGGGACAGGAUUUUUGACCUUAUGAUUGAAGCACUCUCUUUUUCAAAUGUUAACUCCUGUAAGUCUGUGUAUAAAAUACAAUAGAGUUGUUACUGUAUGGAAAUACAGCUGUAUAUAACCCACAUAUGCCAAUAUUUUUGUUAAAGAAGUUGUUGUGUAAUCUGUCCAGUCCCUGUAUUUCCCACUGCCUUGUUCAAUCACAGUGAGGAUGCCAUUGUUAAUAAAAAUGUAUAUACAGUA